UGGGCGGCCGCUCCUAUUGGACAAACACGCGGAAGUACGGAGGAACUCUUGCUAACAACAACAGUCCAUUCUGGUGAUUUGGUCGAGCUCGCUGGAUCGGUUUUAACUCCACCAUGGCUCUGCCGGUUCAGUUCAGAAUCAUCCAGCAUCACCUGCGUACUGCGCAGGAACACGAGAAGCGGGACCCGGUGGUGACUUAUUACUGUCGACUCUACGCCAUGCAGACGGGCAUGAAGCUGGACAGCAAAACACCCGAGUGCCGAAAGUUCCUGGUCAAACUCAUGGACCAGCUGGAGACGAUGAAGAAGGAGCUGAGUGAUAACGAGUCCAUCAGUCAGGAGGUGGUUGGGAACGCCCACAUCGAAAACUAUGCCUUAAAAUUAUUCCUGUACGCUGACAACGAGGACAGAGCAGGACGAUUCCACAAGAACAUGAUCAAGUCGUUCUACACUUCCAGUCUGCUGUUGGAUGUCUUGUCUGUGUUUGGGGAGCUGUCAGAGGAGAACAUCCAGCAUAGGAAGUACGCUCGCUGGAAGGCCACGUACAUCCACAACUGUCUAAAGAAUGGGGAGACACCUCAGCCAGGGCCCAUCGGCAUGGGCGAGGACGAGGAAGCAGAUGAGUUCGGAGCUGAAGGCUUCUCCAGCCUGGGCCCCUCCCACGGGGGUUCUUUUAGGGGCGGUCCUCCUUCACAGGCCUCCGAAGACCAGGACCACAGUUCGGUUCCAGGCCCCGCACCUGGCAUAGGUUUUGCUUCCGGUCCAGGAUCAGCCCCAUCGGGUCCUCCAACCACAAACUACAACAACAUCCACAUCCCACCAGGAGCCCACGCUCCGGCCAACACGCCGGCCGAGCUGCCGCCGCCUGCAGCAGAAGCUGUUAAACCUGUGCCUAUGCCCCGAUCAGUGCCCACUGUUGACCCCACACUGCUCAGCGCCCAGCAGCAGGGCGGCGUCCAGCUCUCCCCGGAAGACUUCACCAAAGCCCAGAAGUACUGCAAGUACGCCGGCAGCGCCCUGCAGUACGAGGACGUGGGCACGGCCGUCCAGAACCUCCAGAAAGCCCUGAAACUCCUCACCACUGGCAAAGAAUGAGGCCCUUGUCCUCCUGCCGACCCACUCCUCCAUCCCUCCUUUUCUCUCCCCCUCCCCCUCUUUCACUCCAGCAGCGCCACUCUAUCCGUCACUGAUCCGGCCCAACCGCGAGCUGGGGAUGCAGCUCACACUCUCUCUCUCUCUCUCUCUCUCUCUCUCACACACACACACACACACACACACACACACACACACACACUCUGAAGAGGGCUGUUGAGCUCGCCAUCAGAUGAGGACACGAUGGAAAUCAGCGUUCAACAAGAGCUGCCUGUGUGUGGCUGCGAGUCGCACUGAUUGACGGGACAACAGUCCGACGGCAGAACACGGCGACUCUGACGACUGACGCACAUCACAGCUUCAUCAUUGGUCUGAAAAGACACCAGAAGGUCCUCGGGCUGCCGUUUAACAUCACAGAGCUCGCCGCGUAUGCAUCAGUAAACCGUUACCAUGGAAAACAAAACUCUGAAACAUCACUUUUUACAAAAAGUACAAAAUAAGUCUGAAAUCGUUCUGUUCAAACUUUAAAGAGAAAUAAACAAAAAAAUGAAAAUGUUCUGCUUCCGUGACACUAAACUGUGUCACAGGCAGAACGACGAUUUAGGAACUCGCAGAUCGAUACAUCAAAAACAGCAGAAACAUUUGGUUUACGUGCAGCAGGCUCUGUUUGUGUUCUGUAUAUGUGGUGAGAACUCGAAGCUCAAAGUGACUUUAAGGUCACGACGUUCGACCUUUUUUUCUGCUGACACAGCAUUAAUGAGAAAUCACAACUGUAAGAGUUUCAGAGGCCAAACUAAAUUAAUUAGCGACUACAUUUAAGUAAUUGGGUUUUUUUUAUUUGGCAUUUUUCCUGCAAAAUUACCCAAAAUCUUCAGAGAUUUCACGAGUGAGUCCCCGUCACAUCCUUUCUAACUGCGACGGAAGGCAUUGAGUGAUUUCUGACUCAAUCAGCUCAUCUUCUAAGUGCAGUUUCAAACUUCACACAAGGAUUUACAAAAAAAAAACAAAUUUCAAUCUUACCAUCAUACAAUAAAUCUAAUAAGAGUAUUUCUCAAAAUGCGGAGCGUGUGAGAUGACACGCGACAGACGAUGAACGGGCUAUGCUCGUUUUCAGACGACCUUCAGCUCACUGCUUCAGGUUUUCUUCUUCUACGAUAUCAGAAAGGAAAAAGUGUCUGUGUCUGCAUCACUGCUGUCGGGACGUCUGUGACUGCUCGUUGUGAUUGUUUUGGCUGCUGGCGUUUUGCUCUUCUGUAACAGAAAACUGUCUCAUUUGUGUCACUUUCAAACGGACGCUGUCCUGACAUUCAGGCGAUGCAGAACAAAUGGAGGAGGCAAGGCCUCAGAGCAGCGUGGCUGUCGGCCUUCUGACUCGUCGUGUGGCCGAGGAGAAAACCUUGUUUCAUGUUGACAUAUCGCCGGGUGUGUGCUGGUGGAGAUGGGGGUGGCAGUUGUUUCAGUUUUAGUUCUUUUCUCUUUAUUUAAUGUUAAUCAUUCUUGGUUUGUUUGAAGGUUUUCAGAGUUACACGAAGCUUCUGUCAGAAUCAGUGAUUUACAGCAAUUUGAAUAAAAUGUUGGAAAUGCA